AUGCUGCGCAGGCUCUUACGCACCUCCUACAAAUACACGAUGUUGUCUUCCAAAGAUAUCGUCGAGACCACUGAACCGGCCCUCAACGUCGAGAAUACCGAGAACACUGAGGGGCAGUCUGCUCGGGGUCACAUCUGGAGACGGGACAGGUUCUGCGGUGCCAUCCUGUUCAACUUCCUCGCGUUCGUUCUCCCGGCCCUCUAUGGCACGCUAUCCAAACUGUGGGUGGCUAACAUCGACUCUACAAUGGUGGUCACCGUCGACUCCUACACCUAUAUCGGGGUGGUGGCGGAGGUGAUCAAUGAAGGGCUGCCCCGAGCGGCUUGGGUCAUCAUUGGCGACAAAUCGUCUCGGUCACUGUCGUCUCGGAUAGGACUUGCACAGACGUUGAUUCUGUUUCAGAGUCUGCUUGGCUUGGGGGUCAGCUUGAUCAUCCUUGGGGCCGCCAAAGAGUUCGCCGCCAGCUUUGUCCCCGUCGAGGUGCGUCAAGCAAGUUUGACCUACGUUCGCAUCAGCUCGUUUUCGGUGUUCAGCGGUGCCAUUGAAGCUGCGGUCACAAAUGCUACACGAGCCCUGGACCUCCCGGAUGUGCCAUUCACCAUCAGUAUCGUCCGAUUCAUCGUCAACAUCCUCCUCGAUUUGCUGCUCAUCUCACGUUUCCACAUCGGCAACUUCACCCCCUCAGUCAACACUCAAGCCGGGAUUCGACUGGGCUGCGAUUUCGCCGCCGCCUUAUCGGGCUCGCCCUUUUCCUCUUCAUCGCCUCUCCUGGUCUUCCUGAGACCUGGCAUCCCUCCAAUUGUCGAAUCCGCUGUCCGCAAUGCGCUAUAUCUCUGGUUAGUAGCCAACAUCGUAUCCAUGGGGGCCAAUUAUGCCACGGCCUGGGGCGUGUUCAACACCAUCCGAUGGGGACUGGUCAUGGUUCCGGUCCAGACACUCGAGGCAACGGCCCUGACCUUUACCGGUCAUGCAUGGGGUCGAUGGCGAAACGAGGUUGGUGGCGAGCUUCGAAAAGCCAAAGCCAGCAGAAAUCAGAUGCGAGGUAUUGCAACUCCUGCACUGCCGUCGGCAGCCGUCGCUCUGCUGAUUGAAGUCCCUCUUUGCAUCUUCCUGUCGUUAUUUGGGUGCCGGCCGUUCGCACGAUAUAUCUCCGGUUCGGACACGGUGGGCAGCAUUACGGCACACAUGUGGCAAACCAUCGACUGGUGCUAUAUCUUCUAUGCGCUGUCAACCCAGCUGGCCACCAUUUUGUUGGCCACUGUCCCUCGAUGGUAUCUAUACCAGUCACUCGUUUCAAACAUCUGCUACGUCCUACCUUGGGCCAUCGUAUGUCAGGUCGGACAUUUGAAUGCGAAGGACGCCUGGACCUAUCACUCUUUCGUAUUUGGAGGCAGCCUAGUCUUCAGCUUUUUCGACGUGUUGCUGUUUGUAAUCUUGUGGGCGUGGAAGCUUCAUCGUGGCACCCUCAAUCUCGACAAGGUGCAAAUUGCGUAG